CUAACUUUUGGAUUUUCAGUUUUAUAAUAACUUAUUUAAUCAUAUCAAAAAUGAAUCUGAAUAAAUAGACAAAGCUGGUUAUUGAUUAUGAUGAAAAAUGGAACUUUAUUUAAGAAUGUUUUUGUUGAUUUGGAAGAAUCUAAUAGAUGGGAGCUAAAGAAUGGGAGAAGAAAUAAUCACUACUCAUUAAAGAAUUCCUUUAUAAUUUAAUACUAUUAGAAUUUUAUCAAAUUUAAACAGUUGAAUAACUUCAAUUAAAAAAAAAACUGAAAAUAUAGAUGCUGUAGAAGAUUCAUUUUUUUUCUUUUUUUCAAAAAUUUUAUUCAAAGUAAUGUUAAUGAUCAAAAGAAAUUUUUAUCAACUAAAAUUAUAUCCAAC